AUGAAUCGAUCCCUAAAUAAUUACUUUAGAAAUUUUAAUCGGAUCUCCAGAGCGAGACGAUCAUUCAGCAGUAACGUUAAAGUAAACGAAAAUGAACCCAUAAAAUUUACUACUAGUGGUGCAGCAAGAAAAACAGUUGCACCAGUGCUGAGAAAGGUUAAUAUAGACAUGCCUUGGUAUCAGCCCUAUUCUGUCGUAGGAAGUGUUGCAGUAUUAUUAAUAUACUUCUGCAUAUUAAGAGAGGAGAGUGACAUAGAUCUUGAAUUCGAUAAAACUUUAUACCAAAGAAUAAAAGGGCUUGAAAAAGAACAAUUAUUACAAACAUACCGUUUCAAUAAAGAACAUGGUAAAAGUGUUGUGGAAAUAGAACUGAGGCUUAAGGAAUUGGAAGAGCUCGAAAAACAAGAAGAAACUACAGUUGUAUAG